AUGGAGGAGUUGCGGUAUUGGGGGGGCCGGUUCCUUCGGUUUCUCCGCGCCACCCCCCUUUCCCAGCGCCGGACGCUGCCGUUUUUGCACGAAUGGCAUCGCUUCCUCGUCCAUCGCGUGAUUCGCGCGGAGCGGCGGUAUGAGCGGGUGCGGGAUGCCACCUUGACGGCGUUGAAGGCCUCCCCGGCGGUGUUUCGUCGGAGUGAGGCGCCCCUCGAGCAGAUCCGGGGGGUCUACGCGGAGGCCCAUCGCGCGCUCUCCAGCCCGAAUUACGACCCACUGCGGAUGAAAAAAUCGGUGAUCGCGCCGUUUAUGCGGAUGACCGAGGCCGAAUUCGAGGCGUGGAAUGAGAAGCAAAUCCGAGAACAAAACGCCCUGAUCGCGGAACUUUCCUGA